AUGAAGAUAGACAUUUGUCACCAUGGUGUGGAUAACCAAAAAGAUGGUACACGAGAAGUUCUUCCUUCUUCGGACAAAUCAUCAGAAAACAAUCAUCCACAUUCAGAAACUGCCACAUUUAACAGGAAACUCUGCUUUAAGAUUUUUCGGAAUUUCGUGCUCAGAUUUCUACGCGGAUUCGCAAACGGGACUUUACUUCAUCUAGGGGUUAAAAUUGUGGCUGCACUGUUACGAAAUCCUGUCAGGAAAAAAAAUAUCAAAAUCUGGCAAUGUAUUUUCACCAAGGACACUGUCAGGAUAGCGUUGUUUUGUGCCCUGUACCCUAGUAUCUAUCAUCUUUUGGUUGAGAUUCUCAGCGCUUUACAGAAACAACAGAAUGGUUGGAUAUUUGGAAUAUCCGGAGGAUUAGCCGGACUGUCACUAGCUGUUCUAAAAACAUCGACUCGCCAAACUUUAGCAUUUUUCACCCUCUCCAGGGCGCUCGGUUCUGGCAUAUCAACGCUGGUAAGGAAAGGUAUUUUGCCGGCUGUGCCUUUCUUUGAAGUGGGUGUGUUCUGCGCAUGCGGGAGUCUGCUGGCCUACUGCGUAUCCUCGGCACCAAGUUACAUGAAUCAAAGUUAUUAUCGGACUCUUUUGAAGUGGAUGCGUGAUUACAGCCCUGAGAAAUUUCAUCGUUUAUUCGUUGAGCCAGGAGAUCGCUUCUUGACUUGUCAAGAGACUGGUGUCCACGAGCCGACCUGCCUGUAUCAUGCCGUUCUAGCUUACCUCUACAGCCUGCCUGGCUUAGCCAAAAUCUACUUACCUGUUUAUUUGAUACCAGUGUUUCUGUUCAAGCGGGCCACAGUGAUGGAUAAACCCAUGCAUUUCCUGCAGUCGCUAAGCAAGAACACAGCAAUGUCCACGGUUUUUCUGGCUUCAAUGAUAUCCCUUGCUAAAGGAACCAUUUGCCUGCUGCGAAACAUCUCACACAGACCUCCCCCGUGUCCGGCCUAUGUCCCUUUGACUGCUGGAGCUGUUAGCGGAUUAGCAUUACUUCUAGAAAGGCCGAGCCGCCGGAAGGAGCUGGUCCUCUUUGCCAUUCCACAGGUUGUAUAUGUUAUCGACAACUUCAUGAAAGGCUCCAAGCUUUGUUCCAUCCCUAAGUUUCCUCGUGGAUUCACGCUUCUGUUCGCCUUGUCUAUGGCCUGUGUGAUGUAUUCCUUCGAGAGAGAGCCUCAGUCGUUGACCACGCUCAUCAGGGGAGUUCUCAAGUAUUUUAUUGGGCCUAGGUCUAGGAGUUCUCUAGAUGUUUCACCGACUGUUUGCUCGCACGAUGUUACAUAG